AUGGAAUACGUCGGUUAUAGAGUUGUCAGAGGACCAGAUUGGAGGUGGGGAAAACAAGAUGGUGGUGAAGGACACGUAGGAACCGUAAGAAACUUCGAAAGCAACCAAGAAGUUGUUGUUGUUUGGGAUAAUGGUACCGCUGCGAAUUACCGGUGCUCUGGCAUCUACGAUCUAAGGAUUCUGGACAGCAGCCCCACUGGUAUGAUUUAUACUUUUCCUCUGUGCUCUUCUUCUUUUGAAAAUCUUAUGUUUUUAAAAUGAAAGAAAUUCAAUCACAUAUUUCAAGAAACGAAACAUCAAAUGAAGUCUCAAGUUUAAAUGCAUGCAAGCGGGGCAAAAUUGAAAUUUGCAUUAAAAGUUUAAAUCGAUCCACAAGUUCGCAAGUCUCUUUAGUCAUCCUAUUCAGCUGAUGUUUUCAACUUCAGUGUAUUUCUAACGUGGACUUCUUUAGAGCCUGGGAUUCUUUCUUUGAUUUUUUCUGUAUUAGUUUUUUGAGAUAACUCAGAAGUAGUACAAGUUUAAACAGGAUGACACUGUACAAUAAAUAUUUAAAAUGAUCUGAAGGAACAUUUUGUUGAUUUCCGGUAAUGCUGCUGGCUUCUUGCGGAACAUUUAUGCAUUUGGUCUUACGUGGUUUGCCUUUAGGCAUGUAAUGCUAGAAGAGUUUCCUUUUCCCUUUUGAGAUAAAAAAAAGAAACUCUGUAGUCACUUGAUCCUAUGUUAUAUAUNAUGAUUGGCUUAUGAUGACUUUAGAGAGAAGACAUGACCUGAUCACGGUACUAAAAGCAUAUUUUUUUACCUAAAAGACUCCAUUCUACUAAAAGUUAUUUUAUAAAAGCAAUAGACCACACUUUCUAUGGGUUUACCGACGUGAUAACCCACUUGGGAUGUUGGGAGAACACUCGAAAAGCUUGUAAAUCACUCGCCUUCGGCUCGUGAUUUACAAGCUUUUCUCGUGUUCUCCCAACAUCCCACGUGGGUUAUCACGCCGGUAAACCCAUAGAAAGUGUGGUCUAUUGCUUAAAUAUUUAGUAUAUAGUAAAAGAGUAACUACUGUAUGCUAAAAGAUUUUAAAUAUUAUCCGCAGUUACAGCUAUGUUUUCACGAUAAUAAUUGUACCUUUUAAAUCUUCCUUAAGGAAUAAAACAUGAUGGAAGUAUGUGUGAUGGGUGUCGCAUGCAACCUAUCUAUGGCAUGAGAUGGAAAUGUGCAGAUUGCCCAAACUUUGACUUAUGCAGUGUAUGUUACCAUGGAGACAAACAUCACUUACGACACAGGUUUUACAGAUUAAAUGGUCCCAGUGCAGAAAGGUACAACAAAAUAUAGUACUUGUUUUCUGGGGAUUGUUAUCAGUUCCUUUUGUUCUCUUAUGAUAUAGCCAGAGAUAAAUUAUGUAAUUGAUUUUUUUUCAAAUUUAUCAACAGGUGUGAUGAAAAGGUGGGAAAAUCCAGAUGUGUCAAGGGUGCUCUUUCUUCCCCAGUGGUUUAAAGCAACUGAAAAAGCAUGCACAACAGUUCAGUUGCUUUAAACCACUGAGGAAGAGGGAGCAUCCUCAAUAUGUCUGGGUUUUCAUACUUUUUCAAAUGCACCUUUUGAUAACUUUAUGAAAACAAGCGAUCAUUUAUCUUGUGCAGUAUCCUCCAAUUUUUUAUAAAUUAUUUAGUUGUAUGACUUGGCAACAUUAUUUUAUUUGAAUACACUGUUUCCUGUAUCUUGUAGUCAGACUCGACCAAAGCUUAUUGGUUCCAUUCAGUACUUGUUGUGAACAAAAUAAUAUUAGGCAGAUUUGACGAAGACAACGAGACAGCAGUGAUGACGGCGCAUGCAAAUAAAACCAUUGGCUUACCCAAUGGCAGAGGGCAAAUUGGACACUGGAAGUCGCGUUUAUCACUUUUCGCAUGCUAUCCCGUCAUCAACUGAUGUUCCCGUUCUAUUGCUAAAUCAGCGUAAUAUUUCAGUCAAACCUCCCUUUAAGGGCACCCACUCAAUACGGACACCUCAUUAUCACGGACAGUUUGCUUUGUCCCUGGGGAAAGAAAACCCUUGCGUUUUCUCCAAAUUCAACCUGCUUAAUACGGACACCCCAUUAAUACAGUUGCUUUACAGGGUUUGACUGUAUUUUCAUUUAUUGAAAAUAUUUUUUUUCUUCAUAACCUGAAACAGCUGAGAAAAAGGCUUUUGGUUUUGAAGCCAGUGACUUUACCUAUAGACCGUGAUAAGCAUGUUUUUUUGACAGAGAUGGAAAUAUUUUGAAUGAAUAGUUAACUCCUCUCUUGUCUCAUAUUUUCCUCUUCUGAAAUAAAAACUUGCUUACAAAAAUCCUUCGUAGUCUACAUUUUCUGUACAAACCUUUUUAGGCUAAGCUGAAAAUAUCAAGGUGCUUCUUGCAACUAGGUUUUUUCCAUAGUCAACUCGUCUCUAAGAUGGACAAAUUCAGAGCCAGUCCUGACUGUCCAUCUUAGAGAGGUAUCUGGCUUAUAGAGAGUCAAGGUAAUGUGACACCAGUAAUUUUAAAGCUGAACCUAUUUGCAAUGAAUACACAUCUGUUUAACUUGUGUGCAGCAGCUAUACGUAAAACUGGAACGUUGUAACAGAAAAGUGGAAUUUUUUUCUUAUUGUACCAUCAAACAUUCAUUACAAGUAACUGUUAACAACUUCAUGGUCUAAAAGCGUAACAGUGUACACUCUCCUCAUUAGAGCAAGACUACAAAAUAUCAAACAUUUUGCAAUUUACUAUCAUGUAGAGCACCUAUAUUUCUGUUUUGAGGUAUUUUUUGUCCAUCUUAGAGAGGUGUCCAUCUUAUAGAGGUGUCUUUUAAGAGAGAGUUGACUGUAUUUCUGGCAGGUAUACCUGAUACAAGGCUGUUCCAUAGCAGUGCCCAGUGGUCCCAGCUGGUGCCUAACCUUUGGGCCUGGGUGACUGGAAAUCUUUUCUUUUUUUUUUUUCAUAGAAAUCAUAGGCUGGGCACCCCAGAUUUCACAAGUCAGAGUACUGGGCCCCCUUCAGUUUUGUGAGCACAGCCUUGUGAUGACUAUUUCAAAAUCUACAUCAGUUUACUGAACUACUAUUUCUUGUAUUUUCUAGAGCACUUGUUGAAGCACGUAGAAAAAGCAAAAAAAUUACAGCCAGAGGAAUAUUUCCAGGUGCCAGAGUUGUGCGUGGAGUAGACUGGCAAUGGGAAGAUCAAGAUGGUAAAAAAAUACUGUCUCAUACAUUUUAUCACAUGAUUAUAUGUACUGUAUGUGCUUCUAACCAAAAGGUCAUAGCAUUAGCUCCUUUUGGCAGUACUCAGAUUUUGUGCUCUGAGCUGCCUGUGCCAUUGACUGAAAUAUCCUUCAUCAGGCAUACUGCUUUUUUUAAAAACACGCCAACUCUGAAGUUCAAAAGCCGCCUUCACAAUUGCGUUUUUCGCUGCCGUCAGUCACAAUUAGGAUCACAAGCAACAAACCCUAAAACAUUUUUAGAAACACACAAAAUGGAUCAAAAUCCACCAAUCACAAAUCACAAACCAUGACCUUUUGAACCUGAUGUUAAGUAAACUUCUGUUUCGUAAGAGGUCCACUUAGAAGAUUGACAGCAGCGAAAAAUGCAAAAGUCAAUUGGCUUUUGAACUUCAGAAUUCACAUGUUUUUGAGAAGCAUAGUAAAAUUCACCAUCACAUUUCUGUCAUAAUCAAAGAUGGCAGCUGCAUGAUCAUGCAUGAAGCUUGAUAGCUCAAAGAUUUUCAAUCCCUUAUACAGUGUGUAUGUUACAGGUCAAAAUUAUAUUCAGGUUAAAAGUUUUUAACCAUGGUUGAUUGUUAAUUCCCUUUGUCUCCUAGCCCUGAUUAUUCAUGAAUUAGAGGCCGCUCAGUAUCUGUGAAGGCACAUUGUGGUAUUUUCUACUCUUGUAUUUGAAUAUAGUGUAACUGCUGUUUUGUGUUUAAGGUGGUCCAGGUCGCAGGGGUAAAGUAACUGAAAUCCAAGAUUGGAGUACAACAAGUCCACGCAGUGCUGCCUAUGUCUUGUGGGAUAAUGGUGCAAAAAAUCUCUAUAGACUUGGAUUUGAGGGCAUGGUAAAAGAAUAAACCUGUGUACAUAUACACUUUAUGUUAAUGUAGUGUACUUUGUCAAUCUGUCAGUUUAUAGUAGUUACUCUUAGGUAAUUCUGAGAUAUUAAAGUCCCAUCUGUAAUCACCCCAUUUUCUUUCAAGUCCAUAAACAAGAAAUCAGUAGCAAUAAUGACAUUCAAGUGUACUGUUAUUCAAAUCGAUCAAUGUGGUGGUUAUUAUGUUUAUCUGAUUGUUUAACCUGACUGCUUAUUUAAUUGUGUACACUUUUCUUAUGUAUUUAUUUUAUUUUUGUUUUCUUUGUGAUGCAGGCUGAUCUUAAAGUAAUCAGUGACGCCAAAGGAGGUCAAUUUUAUAGAGACCACUUGCCAUUAUUGGGUAAGCAGCACAACUUAUGCUAUAAUAUCAGGGUGCAAAGAAAGUAAGUUUUACAGCUUGCUAUUUGGGGAAGCUGUAGCUAGCAUGUACUAGCCUAAAGGCCAUUUCAACCAGCCCCCAAAAAAUUCCAGAUGACCAGAAUUGAUUACAGUUCAGUUCCUCUGUAAUUUGAAUUCCCUAAAGCAGGUCAGUUGCCUGUUGAACUAUUUAAGAACAGAAUUCACUGGGCCAACAGGAAAGUCCACUAGUGUUGGGCUAUCGGAGACUACUUUCUUUGGACGCAUAAACUUAUGCUUUAAUAUCCUACUGCGGUCACUGUUCAAUCUACAUUUUAGGAUGCACAGGGGUAUAGGUCUACUUGCAUUGGCUUAAUGUAAUAUUCAUGACCAGCAAAAUUCAAUAUUGACACCUUGGCUUACUUGCUAAUCAUGAUCUUCUUAACUACUCCUCACCAUCUGUAUUUUAUAAGCAUUCAAAUUUCAUACUUACAAAUGAAAUUUGUAAAUUAAAAGAGCAAACAACAACAACCACUACAUUCUUGCAGGUUAAUAUGGUAACAAUGGCCCUUAUGUUUUAAGCCUUCGUUUUGUACACGUACAUGUAUAUAUGGUUAAUUUUUAAUUAUAAUUUCACCAUUUAGGUGAUACCAGGCCAUCAGGUCCUAGGGGUCAGGGAUUACAGAUAGGAGAUCAAGUCACUGUUGACCUGGAUCUUGAAAUUGUACAAUCCCUGCAGCAUGGUCAUGGAGGAUGGACUGAUGGCAUGUAUGAGGUAGGUAUGAAAGUAAGUCGAAAAAUGAAGUAGUCAAUCUCUUCAUUCAAGAAGCUUAUUAGAUUAUAGAUGGGUUUUGCCAAGCUGUGUAUCUUAAUAGAAGUUACCUUUUAAUGACUCUCUGUAAUUAUAGCAAUAGUAGUAGUGGUAGUAGUAUAAGAAAUUUUAGUAUUAGGUUAGUUAUACUACUACAUGAAAAAUUACUGCAAUUUGAUUGGCUUAGAGCAGUGGUAUUUCAGCUUAAUUUGAAAUACCUACAUGUGAAAAUUACAAACCUUUUGCGGGUAGUAGUAUAAACAAAUAAUAGCAUGACUUGUAUGCAAUAUUUGGCAUAAAUACCACUCGUGAUAUUUCAAAAUUGUCUCUAAUUUCUCUCGCCUAACGGCUCGUGAAAUUACGUAUAACAAUUUCGAAAUAUCACUCGUGGUAUUUAUGCCAAAUAUCACUACAAGUUAGUCAUGCUAUUACCUAUACUAAUUUAAUAUACGAUUUUUAUGUGUCAACAAACUCUCCAUGGAAACCAGCUGAGUGUUGUUGGAGCUCUCUUGUAUUUCUCUCUCUUUCUCUGGUAUUUUGAAUUUCUAAAUAAAGUAUUACCUACCUUAUUACCUUAUUACCUUAUCUAGACAUGCACACCAAGAUCAGAUUGGAGACCAACCUGAUAAAACUUAAGCAAUUCUUGGGUUAAUUUUUUCCUUCUAUUAAUAGCCAGAUAGUACUCAAGGUUACUUUGUUUUUUUUAAGUCACUUGAAGUCACGUGGUUUGUGUUACAUUUGUUGUCACCUCAGAACCAAAGUUAUCUCCAAGAAAUAUCCUCUUUGUAUUUUUUAUGCAUUGUUUGUUAAUAACUUCUUUUCAAUUUACAGACUCUUACAACUCCAGGAACAGUGGUUGGUAUUGAUGAAGAUCAUGACAUCAUGGUUUUGUACCCCACUGGUAACAGGUAAAAGAUAAUUAAUAUUAUUAUUCAUUUAAAAUAUUUGUCCAUUUCUGAUUGGCUAAAAUCCCUUAAAUAAUUAAUCAUAACCAGCUCUUUCCAACCAAAUUUGGAAGAAUUUUGUGAUAUGUGAAAGAUGAUGUCAAUCGUGCAGCAGAUUGCCAGAUUAUUGAACGGUUAACUGAGAAGACCUGAGGACAAGGUUGAGUUGUUUUGCUAGUGAGUAAAAAAAUGGCAGAACAUCUCAUUCAUUUCACAAGGAAUAAAUAGGCAAAGUAUUUGCAAAAAACAUAGCAAGAACAGCAAGAAGACAACUUGAUUGACGACAUCUGCUAUUUGGAGAAUAUUUGCAGAGCUGAACAACCCUUUAUCUCCUAAACUUGCUGAUUAACAUGCACUAUCAAAGAUGAACUUAACAUCAAUGCAGGUAAGCAUGUUUUAGCUUGUUUUUAAACAAAGAAUUAUUUUGAUUGAAUAAUAAAACAAUUAUUGAAUUCGGCUUUCGUAUCAUCUGAAGAAUUAUGAUAACACCCUCCUCGAUCUCCAUAAUUUUUCAGAUAAUACUCAGCCUCAUUCAGUAAUUGUUAAAUAUUUAUAGCUAGUCACAAUUUUCUUGUUAGCAUUUGCUCCCAAGAAUGCUAUGAAUAAAAAUUUUUAAAAAAAUCCCAUUGUGUUCAGUUUGUGAAAUACUGACUCAAGAAGGACUUGAUCUUAGGACCUUCCAUUGCAACUUCAGCACUCUAACUUCUUGGGGACACUGCCUUCUAAUAUAAAGGAAGGGUGGAGUUUAGGCUGUUCCUUGUUCCCCCAUCUCUCCCCCCCGCCCCCACUCCCCUCAAAAAAAGUGCUCUAUAUGCCUGGAGUAGGACGUUAUCUUCAGGGUGGAUACGCUUAGAAACAGAAAAAAAUUCACAGAUUCUGUGAGAGGCUAGACUGCAGAGGGCUUAUGUUCCACCAGGCAUGAAGAACGUAGUUUACAGGUGUAAAAGCAACCUGAUGCUUUUGACAUUUCUUAUACUGAUCCUUCUUUUCCUGUAUUCAUUUUUUAGAUGGACCUUUAACCCAGCUAUCUUGACCAAAGUAACUAGCUCUUCAGAAUCAUCUGAUAGCGUUCUAUCCCUUACUUCCUCCACAAUAAUGUCACCUUCUGCUGACAUUCUGAACACUACGUUACAGACGAGCACCUUAUCAGGAACAGCGUCUUCAUCUCAGUUUGUUGUUGGAGACUUGGUACGCAUCACUGAGGAUGCUGAUAGGGUCAAACUACUUCAAAGAGGGCAUGGCGAGUGGGCUGAAGCAAUGCUACCAGUGAGUAACUUAUGUUGAACAUUAUUUGAACAGUUUAACCUUAUACUCUUGGGCAUUCUUCUAAAGCCCUGUCAUCACUAGCAACACAAACAUAAGAGGAACACAAGGUUUUGAUAUGUCAAGGCCAUCUUCACUUGCAUAAAAGCUCUGUAUGCUUAUGCUUGCAUCGCUUGUGAGAACCAUGUUAUGUUUGGGGUUAUGCUUGCGUCCCUAGUGACAACCACACUUAAAUGACUUUUGCACACUUGGUCUUGAAGUUCAAGCAAGUUUAUACUUAUAAUAAUGUAAUUUUAAUUUAUUACAUGUACAUGUAAGCCAACCUCCUCUAUUUACAUGUACAGUGGAUGAAACACAGGAUUUUCUGUGCAUCCAUCAUCAAUUUUUUAUCACUUUGAAAAGCUGAAAUUCAAAGAUAAGGUUUUAACCAGAUGAGCUAUUCAAACUCUUGUUCAUACAGCAAAUUAAUCUGUCUGUUAAGCUGGUGUGUAUCAACACAUCACUGCAAUAUAUCCAGAAGGGCAAAAGUUUGCUUGUGCUUACUUGUCACACUCCUGGUAAUUAUUUUGCAGACUCUUGGCAAGGUUGGUAGAGUGCAGCAGAUUUACCAUGACAAUGACUUGAAGGUUAGUGUGACUUGGUAAUAGUAGCAACGGCAACAGCAGUGAGAACAUCAAAGAAGCAAUAGCUUUAGGCUGUGUUCACACUCUACUGGAAAGCUUUUGUUCUGGCACAAAAGCCAUACUGGAUAGGGCUCCUGUUCACAUGUAAGAACAGUGAUUCUGGUGUGAUUUCUGUACCAGAGUGAAGCCACCCUGCACAAAUCUCUAUUAUUAAAAACUGAAUCAUUGGAUAAUGCAAAGCUAGAGCUCUGAUUGGCUUAGCCAUCAUGGUAUAUGAGCCAUUAUACCAUGCUCUCCAAAUAUGGUAGCUGUAUGCGUCUGCUCAAAAUUAAAACAUGCUGAAAAUUGGUUGUUUUUACAAAUACAGUCGGAGAGAAUUCUUGAUAUUUUGUUGGCACUUUUAAUAAAACAUUUAUUCCACUUGCGCUUGUUGGAUAUGAGAUGAUUAUAACCAACUCGGCACAACGUGCCUCUUUGGCUAUCAACCAUCUCAUAUCCAACACGCACCCGUGGAAUAAUUGUUAAAAGUGGAAACUUACAAGACAUAUCAAAUAGGUGUUCAUAAUAUACUGAAUAGCUUUUCAUUUCAGUGCACAGUUUGAUAAAGACACGAAGUCUUUUAAAAAGUGUUGUUCAAUCAACAUGCCAUUUAAAGGUUCAUUUAUUUCCGGAUUUUUAGUCUGGAUAUCUCCAAAGGCCAAUUUACCAGUUGAGCGAUUUAUCUGUGGAGUUUUUAGAACAGCCAUCAUGUUUUGUUUUGUUUCAGGUGGAGAUCUGUGGCACUUCAUGGACUUACAAUCCAGCUCUUGUGACUAAAGUAGCAUCUGGUACUGAGUCACCCUCAGUGGGUGCUUCUGCUGGUGGUGAGAUUUACUCUUUCAGUUAGAACUAAGAGUAGCAUCAUAGUGUAUAGAAGAUGGGUACCUGGGAUAGCAGGGGGACUCCACUGUGACCAGUGGGCCCCCCGACAGUGAUCUGCUCCUGUGGGUAGUCCCCACAAGCCAGCCAUGAGCCUCCACACAGUGUCAUCCAGGCACCCAUCACACUGUGUUAACAGCGGAAAAGAAAAGGGUUGGGAAGGAAGGGCCAGAACAAAAAGAAGGAUGACCACAUACACUUUAAACCAAACUGGCAUGCUUGAACACAUUUAAAUGCACCUCAAACACUUAGCACUGAAGCAGCUACUGCUGUUGGCCAAAAAUUCCCUGGCUCCUCUUUGUUGUUAACGUAGUUAAAUUGCAUUUAACAGGGUUAUUAAGACUUAUUUGGAAAGCGUGUGGCUUAGACUGUGUGUUUUACUAGUUGCUGUUUGUAAUAUUUUAGCAGAGAGAUUGUCAGCCCUGUUGAAGAAGCUAUUUGAGACUCAUGUUCCCGGAGAUGCAGUUGAGGAGCUCGUUAAAGCUGCUGCUAAUGGUGACUCACAAAGAGUUGAAGAACUUCUGCUCAAAGAAGAUGCCAAUGUAAUUUUGAAUGCACCUUUUCCAUGCGUACAACUGUAGCCAUCGACCCAAUCUUGAGACAAACGUUUCGGGAUUACAUGUUCAUUCCACCUUUUUUCUAAGGAUCAUUUUUCAGUAGUCAGGAAAACCAUUCAUACUGUGCAUCACUCUUCAACACCCUUUAAUUUUGCCCACCUCAACCCACUCAUUAUUUUACAGUCUUCAUUUCAGUGUACAUGGUGUUGUUGAAUCGUUCUCGUUUUUGUCGUGUUUGCUAUAGUCAACAAUAAUUUUUUUCUCUGCUGCAUGAAAAGUUCACAACAUAGUAAUUACCGUUCUUUUAUCUUUUGGUUAGGUCAAUGGUGUGUUUGCUGGACACACAGCUCUUCAAGCUGCCAGUCAAAAUGGCCAUGAAGACACUGUCAGAGUUCUCAUUAGAUUCGAUGUGGACUUGGAGGCAGAGGUUUGUUCAUUUCUUCUCUUUAUUUAUUCCCGUUGGCUGAGGAGAGGAAUUUUUUUGGUUUCAAAUAGUGACAUGUAUAACCAUCUCUAGACUGCAAGCUGACUCAGCUGUGUGAGUUCCGAAUUCAGGGAAAUUUCGGCGGUGGAGCAAAAGUGAGGCUCACUUUUCUUCGCCCCAUUCUUCUCACAGGCUGCGCCUGCUUGUUCUGCGGCCAACAUUUUUUCUGAACUCGCACAAGUGAGCCUCCUUGCAGGCUAGAUAAUAUCAGGUUAGCAAUAUGCCCAGGCAGAUUUCUAUGAGUACCGGUAAGUACAAUUCUUAUUGCCUGCUCAUAUUAUACCUUCUCUCUAAAUCUAAAGAAGUAAUGAGUGAAGUGUGUUGAUAAAAUAUCAAAAGAAUUUUACGUCUGUUACUAAUUGAUAUUAGGCCAUAAAAAGAUAAAUUUGAUGUUAGAGUAUUUGAAAUAGAUGAUUAGAAAUCGGACUUAUCUUAAAGACAUACAUUGUAGAGGUCAAAAAAGGCCCCACUUUCCUCUCUUCAAUGGGAUCCUAUUCUCAAUGAAUUGUUUAUGACAGGGUUAUUCAAUUUCAUUUGUUGAACAAAAAAUAUGGAGAGAGUUUCACUUUCUUUAUGUAGGACAAAGACGGUGACCGUGCAAUCCAUCAUGCUGCUUUCGGGGACGAGGCUGCAGUCGUCGAACAGUUGAUCAAAGCCGGAAGUGACAUGAAUGCUCGAAACAAACGGCGUCAGUCACCCCUGCAUGUGGCCGUCAAUAAGGGACAUACAGCAGUGGUAAAGAAACUUCUUGGUUUGGGAUGCCACCCAAGCUUACAGGCGAGUACUUUUGAUGUCUCCUGUGUAGUGUAGGGGCUUGACGAUUUCGUGGUUGACCUUGAUAAGGAAAGAGGGUCUUGUUUAAACCUGUGACGAAUGCAAUCAGUUAAUUGUUUUUAGAAGUUUUACCUAUGUUAACUGCUUAUAACAAUGUUUGUCCAGGGCUGUUUUUGUUUUUGUCUUCGUUUCCUUGUAUUCUUCGAAGAAUGUUUUUUUCGAUUAAAUUUUAUCGACGCAGAAGUAAACCGACUCAACAUCUCUUGUUCAAAAGAUGGACAACGCUAUCCACUGGAGAAAAUUUCUAUCCAGUAACACUUAUCCACUGGGUACGGAUUUAUCCAGUGGACAGGGCUGUCCAACGUAUGAACAACCCACAUCAGUAAUUUAUUCUAGGUAGGCUCUAUUUUUCCCGCUGUUCCUCUCCGCCUUUAGUUACGCUUUUACAAGAUUUUAUUAUUUUUCCUGUUAAUGUGAUCAGGAUACAGAAGGAGACACCCCAUUACAUGAUGCAAUCUCCAAGAAGCGAGAUGAUAUGGUUACCAUGUUACUAGAGUCUAACGCUGAUGUUACAGUGGCUAAUAACAAUGGCUUUAAUGCUUUACAACAUGCAGCUUUACGCGGUAAUCCAAGGUAA